AUGGGACCUCUUCCAUCUUCCUGCGGGAACACCUACAUUUUCACCUGCAUUGACCGUUACACCAAGUGGAUGGAAGCUACUCCCAUGCCUGAUGCUACAGCAGAGUCAGCUGUCUACGCUUUCCUGUCUGGUUGGGUCUCCCGUUUCGGUCCUCACAUGACUAUCAUCACUGACCAAGGAUUCCAGUUCGAGUCACAACUCUGGCAUAAUCUCCUGCAGUUCCACGGCACUACCAGGCACCGCACUACAACUUAUCAUCCUCAGUCCAACAGCAUGGAAGAGCGGUUUCAUUGUCAGCUGAAGGACACCAUCAGGGAUCCUGCACCUGGCCCUGUGGACCCAAACAUCCCACCCAGCGCCCCCGAGGACUUUGCAGCUGCUACGAGAGAAGCACCACAUUGCUCGCCUGUUCCUCCCGCCACCCAACCUUCCCAUAUCUACAACCCUCCUUCUCCAGAUGCUUUUCCUCGUGCUUCUCCCACAGAUUAUGUGCCAUUCGACGGAGUUGUCACUCGUAGCGGCCGAGUGGUUCACGCCCCUGCCUGCUAUGCCUCGCACAUACAGGAAAAGUGCAGAGAAGAGCGUUGUAACCAGUAUAUGGUCUUCAUCGACCUAACGAUGGCCUUCGAUUCAGUCAACAAGAAAGCCUUCUGGCGAGCCCUCAGUUGUUUUGGCUGCCCGCCAAAUUCAUCGCCAUUGAUUUUUAAAGAAUUUAUAUUUGUUGUUGCAGGAUGCUGGGUGUCCGUGCUACCGCUCUCCUGCGCCCAGGCACGUAAGCUUGUGCCGCCACAAACGCCGCCACAGGGAGAGAAGCUGGACGCCCAACAUUCCAUUCUGCCUCUGGUGAGGUUUGAGUGUGUGGGUCGAGCCGGGGGCUACUAUGGAGACAUGGACUUCGGCUGUACCGUCUUCCACUACUGUGCUAAAUCCGGCCAGAGGUUCACUUUCAAAUGUACCCCAGGACUCACAUUUAAUGAGAUGACGACAACAUGCAGCGCCGGAUUCCUAGGUGACUGUACACACCCUGAAAUCGUUGGGUCGGCCGGAAACAACAAGUCUGCGAACCCGGCGCCAGUCCGGAGCUUCCAAAAAGUUCCCGUAUUCGUCAAAGAAGAUGACGACCGCCAAGAUGACCCGAGGGACUACCCCGAGCCCUUCAUUCAACACUACGACCCUGCACUUGACCUCGACUACAACUAUGAGUACUAUGACACUGACAACGCACAGUCGGUCCUGUCAGACGCACUGCCUGCAGCCUCGAACAGAAUGAGUCACAACAGCAACCACAUCAAACGUUCGUCCUCACUCUGGGACAACGACAUGGCGUCUGCACUGUCAGCCUUUGCUUCUCUAGCUAACGUACCCUACGACAACCCAGCUCCGGCUAGGGAAGACAGGGUCGAUCGCUCCGACAACUUUGGUAGAGUGGAUUAUGUGGACACCAUCGACCGGGCAUUUAUUGCUCGACCUCCACGGCGCAGAAGACCCGCUCAGAGGCAAAGCACCAGCCAUUUCUUCCAAUUGCCAUUCUUCCAAGCACGAGAAAAGAAGCCAGUGCGUGUAGUUCCUCCAAGGGGUCCAGGACAGAGAGAAAAGUUCAUUCACACACAGCAGCAGAGCCCUUACCGGCCACUACCACCAGCUGACAACUACGAAGCUUCCUCGGGUUUCCGAUCGCCACACCAGGAAUAUCAACCUGAUAGUUCUUUUGUUGCUCACCAAGAUUCUUUUAGCUCUCCUGAGGAGAGGCAAACCACACCAGACUCUUUCCGUCCCUCAUCUAUCCUGACCGAUGAUCCUGACGACUUCCAGCCCGUUACCUCAGCGUCUAAGCAGUCAUCACUACUCGAAUUGUCAGAUCUAGUUCGCCCCAACAGAGACGCCAACCAUCAGGCGGGGCACUCUUCUCUAUCUACCAGUUUCCAGUCUUUCUCCCCCUCGCCCCAACCUUUUAGCUCGGGGGGAAGGGUGCCCGUCCAGACCUCCUUUGGUUCUCACACGUCUCCCAGACACUCCCCGACGACCCCCUCAAGUUUCCUCCCUGGACCCAGCUUCCCCUCCAAUGGUAACUUCGUAUUUAAUCAACCACCUGUUCAUCCAGGAAUAUUCACCCGACCUUCCCAUCACAUACCUUCUACGUCUAGGAAUAUAUUUGGUGCACCGCCAGCCCCAAGACAACAAGUGGACAGCUUCGGUCACCAAUCAUCAUCUCAACAACCAGUACAGAGAUUCACUCACCAGCCUGCACCUAAUUCAGUGACAACCUUUGGUCACCAACCUACUCAAAGUCAUUCACCAGGAUCCUCCUCAGUGAUAAGCUUUAAUCAGCCAUCAGCUCCUCACUCUGGACAAAGCUUCAGUCAGGCAUCAGCCUCUCACCUUGGACAAAGAUUCAGUCAAUCAUCAGCUCCGCACUCCGGACAAAGCUUCGGUCAGCCAUCAGCUCUUCACUCUGGACAAAGCUUCAGUCAGCCAUCAGCUUUUCACUCUGGACAAAGCUUCAAUCAGCCAUCAGCUCCUCACUCUGGACAAGGCUUCAGUCAGUCACCAGCUCCUCACUCUGGACAAAGAUUCAAUCAUGCAUCAGUCUUUCGGCCUGGGCAAAGCUUCAGUCAAUCAUCAAAUCUACCACCUCCAGGACAAACUUUCAGACAGCCAACCUCCUCUCCAAAGCACAUAAAAAAUUUUGGACCACCAACUGUCCCUCCAACAGAUACAAACUUUGGUAGGCUAUCACCUAGUGUGAGUUUUUUCCACCCAGCGACACAGCAAAGACCAGUGCACUCCUUCGGCAAACCAACACCACUUCCUUUUAUAUCUCAAACACCUGCCCCUGUUGAAGUCCCGUCGCACUUCACUCCAGGGUUCCAGCAAGAUCACACCAUCUCACAACAUUUCCAGCAUCCUUUCCAAGACUCCACAGAGGCUCCUUCGUCGGCUGUGUCAACCUUCCCCCACACAGAGAAAACUUCAAGCAUUGAAGAAGCCUCACAAUCCCCACAAAGUUCUUCAGGUGUCAAGGACUUUCCAUUCCGAAGGACAAGUACGACAUCUGGUGUCUCUGAAAGUCCCAGUGUGGUAAAUGAUUUUGAUAGUGGAAAAACUGAGGAACAUCAGACAGAGGAAGACCCACAAACCCAACCCACUGGGCGACUUUCUUUUGAUCCAAGACCAACGAAUAGACGAAGACCAAUUGAAAAUCAGCAGAGACGACAACAGCCUGCCCGAAGAAGACCAACAAGACCACGAAGACCCACUACACAGCCACCCUUUACAGAGUCCACUCUCAUCACAGGCCUGGAAAACUCUGAAUUUAACAAGCCGUUCUUAACACCACAUGGAGUGUGGCCGGCCAUUACCAGACUUCAACCACGACCCGUUACUGAGGAGACGUCAGAAGAGCCUUUCAUCGUCACUACCCCUUUUCCCACCCCGGUAACACCAGCGUUCUCACGAGUACCAGGAUUUUCCAACCAAGAAGAGCCGGGGACAUUCCAACCACCGGCUGGUAUAUUUGACCCCACUCUUGUACCAGCACGACCCACUCACGAUCCUCAUCAUUUAGAUGAUGAUGCACAUGUUCAAGCAGACAUUCCACCUCCAAAUUUUGAUGAAAAUUUACCUUCUAUUAUCAAUGCUGUAGAGAGCUUGGAAGAGGAAACGAAUGUCAUUUUAUCCGGUGAGAGCGAUUACACUGGCGAUAGAGAAGUACUUGAGACUGUGACGGAAUCAACACCUUUAACAACAACACCAGAACCCUCGACAGAAGCUAAAAGACCGUUCACCAGACGUCGUCCUAAUAUAAGGACCCGCUUGCGUCCACGUAUCUCUUCACGAAAGACCACACCGGCCCCUGUGGCAGAUGAAGCUGAGACUCCAGCUGAAGAAGAAUAUGAUGCCUUCGAAGAUUCUCCAGAGACAGAUGAUGCCCCUGUGACCACUGAGGCACCUCAACACACGACGACACUCUCUCCCUUCAGGCAAAGACUUCAAGAUCGUCUGAAUCGACUGAAAAACAGGAGACAAAACCCCAACCGUGUGACCACAACAAAGCGGCCAGAGAGUAGUAAUGACACUCCCAAUAUCACCACCACCACGACUGCUACAGCGGCACGAAGGCGACCUUCGCGAAGACACUAUAACUUAAAUCCAGAAAGAUUUCGAAAGUACAGAAACAGAGUGAGAGGAAUAACUACGACAGCAGAAGAUUCAGGGUCAGAUGGUGAGAGCACCACAACGGAAAAACCUGCGGACGCUGACGACUCAUUUACAUCAAAUCUAAGAAGCAGGAGAAUAAACCGAUUUAGACCGAAAGCAAUUGAACCUGAAGAUGAUAACGUCCUCCAAGUAAAAGAAAUCUUGAGAAGAGAUCAAGAUGUUCAGGAGACCAUCCAAUCUGUCGUUCACAAGAAACCAAACUUUAAUCAAGAACAAUCCUCGUCGUCAGAAACAAGAACAAUCGAAGAGCAACCUGAUGAGAUAAUAGAAACAGCGGAGCAAACCUCUGUUUAUCUGCCUCAAGCUCCCCAGGAUAAUGUUGAUGACGCUGGUGAGGUGGGACAAAACACUCCUCCUGAGUCACCUGACAACAUUGAUGAAGAUGACCAAGAUUCUCUCGUCACUCCCGGGGCCGAGACACGCAGGAUGGUCAUUAAUCCUAACUUCAGAGCGCGCUUCAGAGAAUUUUUGAAAAAUAGAAAGAAUCGAUUAAGUGCUAGUUAUCGUACAACAGAAUCACCCGACACAGUAAAUGAUGAUGCUAAAGAAACCGCAGACAAUUCUGAGAAGGAAGAACAAGAACCAUCAAACCCAAUUUUCCCUGACAGAAGCCAACAAAUAGGUCAGCACAUACGAGACCUGAGGGCGAAGUUCUUAAAUAACAGACAACAAAGUGAAGAGGAGCGACUCAGUCGCAGGAUCCCAGCUAGACCAUUGAGGAAUAAAAUUUCUGGUGAGACACAAGCUGAAUUACAAGCUGAGACAGAUACAGAACCUAAGGAGGUCGCAGAGGAAGAAAAUCUUACGAGAGAAAGUCCCCUAAAUUUUGAAAAAUUGGAGACCGAUACUCAGGACACAGAAGAAAUUUAUGAGACUCCUCAGCCCAAGGGCACAGAGCCUGAAGAGUCCACAGCAUUUAAACCUAUCUUCAGCCCGUCUACAUCAGCCACUCAGCCAUCCCCGGCCCCCUUACGCCACCACCAACAAGAGCCAGACAUUAUAACAGCACCACCAUCCUCGAAGGACGGAGACGUAGUCAUGUCCUUCAAAGUGUCCGCCAAUCUCGCAGGAGACCCGGAAGAAUCUCAUGGUGAAGCACGAGAGGAGUCGGAAAGCCAAGAUUCAAAAAUUUCCCCACCGUCGGAAAUGAUCGUCCGAGAGAUUGGUAUUGAUUCUUCCUUACCACAAGACGAAGAAGAACCCAAAGUAAAGGAUUUACAAACAGACACUUUGGAGGAUGAUUCACACUCGCUACAUAUUGAAUCAAUUUCUCAUAAAUCUGCUCAAGAAGUAUCAGAAAGUCCUCAAGAAGCAGCCGAAUUACAAGAAACGCCAGUUCUCAUUUCGAUUCAGUCUCCAGCACCUGAAUCCUCGAACACGGCGGUCCCACGAUUAGACCUACAUUCCCCUGCCCCCACAAUGUCCGCGAGAGUGUCUUACGAAGACUUCGAUUCAGAUGACGCCGCUAAGCCUCCUGUUCCACGAGUUUCUAAGCCAACCUUUCAUUUGGGCUCCGCUAUUGGCCGACCCAAGAAGGUGGAGUCUUCGGCCGUCUCAGCGUCAGACUCGAGAAACGCCCUGACCCCCACGCCUUUCCCUUCCAUCACCAUGGCAACCGACCCACCACGCCUCCCAUUAGAAAUGCUAUUGCCUCUGUUUAAUAAUAGACGGUGAGAUGCGUUUAUUAUAUAUUAGUAAUACCUUUUGUAUUUUAUCAUUUAUUAUCAAUUAAGAAGGGUUUUGUAGUUAGGCUUUAACCUUCUGAGUGAUAACUAUGAGCAACUUUAAGGAAUUUAUUCUGACGAUUUUAUUGAACUGGGGGGAAAGUCUUAACAAUCAGUAGGUCAACUUAAUGUCAUAAUCAUGAUUCUAUUAGCGGAAUCUUGCAAAAUGCUUCCUUAGUAGCCAUAUAAUAAUUUACAAUACUUUAAUUAGAAUUUAUUCUAUACAG